CCGAGGGGCGGGGCUCGGGGGCUCUUUUCGCGCCUUUUUCUUCUCCUCAGUGAAACCAGUGAUCCAACCAGUGGCGCUCGAGCCUCAACAAACCUGUACAGGUACAGUAAGAAUCAUGAAGCAAUGUCUUAAUUCUUAAGACAAAAUUUAGAAAUAAUGGCGACUGACAAGUGCAUCCAAGUGAUUCCUCUCUGUGGAAACCUCCUCGUCUUCCAUCGUAAGCGCGCUAAUCCGAAAGGCUCUGAGAUUGCGUUCUGGAGGAUGGCUUUCAGCCAGGAUUUGGGUGGCUUCUUCAAUAAAGACUGCAGAAUCAGCUCUAUGUAUAAAAACACCUCAAGAGAAGUUGACAUUGUUUGCUGCACCACAGCUCUGGACAUCAAGGCAAGGCAAAAGGUGCCUUGUGUUUUAUUGAGGCUGUGCAAAAGAGCAUCCCAGUGUUUCAAGUACAUGCUUUACUCUUUGGAUGGUUCAACCAACGGCAAGCUCCACGUAGAGUUUGCAUUGCCUUAUGAAGUGGGUGAUAACAUCUCUGUAUUGCGUGGACCCACUUUGGUUUGGAGUCACGAGAACAGAGUCUUCUACACAUCGUCAGAAGUUGGUGGGGUGAGGGAAGUCGCCAUUCCUUUGACCGUCAGCUUUGUUGGGGAGUUGCCUCUUCGUCAAAGACAAAUAGGCAUUCUUGGUUCAGAAAUAGAACUGAGAGAGGACAUGUAUGAAGUCAACAAAGGAAAUGAAAACCUCCUGUAUUUCCUUGAGGACUGCAGGACCUUCAGUGGGAAGUGCCUCUUGCCUGAUGCCUACCAAUCCAUCAUCAAAUGCAUGGUGGUCGUCUCUGCUGAAGAGGCGGAAGGGUCACUGAGGUCUACUGUCUUGGCCGCCACCAGCAGGAAACAGCUGGUUCGUUUUAAGCAUGGAUUACCUGAAGAUGUGUGUUCUCUUCCAUAUGAGAAACCACAGAGCAUUCGGAUUCUUCAUGGCGGAGAUGGUGGCUGCAUCAUUGCUGUCGUUUUCAACCAUGGCAAUGUGUGUGCAGUAUGGAAAGAUAGCUUUAAGGUUGCAGCCUGCUGGACAGGGGUCAGCUCCCUGCUGGUGGACGAUUUUAUCGGCUGUGGUUCAGAGCAGAUGCUGCUGCUGUUUGAAGAUCCUGCAGAAGAAAUUCUUGGAAACUUCUUGCUUACUGACCUCUCUGGUGUCCAUUACUCGUGUGGAAGAGAAGAGGAUAAAGACCUGCAUCGGAGUGAUCCAGCCCAGGAGAACGUCCUGCUGACUGUUAAAGCUUUAGACUCCAGACUGCAGAGCGGCCUGGCCUUCCUGCAGGAGCUCCAGAGAGAUCUGAGUGUGAAAGAGCGAGUUUUGCAGCAGUCCGUGACGGCUCUGGCUGAUCUGGUGUCAGACAGGGAGCAUGUCCCACCUCCUCCACAGCAGGAGGGGCUGGUGUGCAUGUGGGAUGAAGACGAAGAAGAGGAGGAGGGGUGUGUUCUGGAUAAGAGGAUGCAGACUGAGUCUGGGCACCGUCCUCCUAAAGUGAAGAGAUUCUGGCACAGAGUCGUUGGGGAGAGCCUGGUCUUCGGAGUGUUGCUCACAGCAAACACUGAUGCUUUAGAGGAGCGUGUCUCCGGAUCCGUCCUGCUGGAGCCGAGCGGAGAUGUCCCGGCCGGUGUUGUAGUUCAGAGCCGGAGUAAAUGUUUACAGUAUCCUGAGCUCCCGUCUCUCACAUCCCUGGACCUGGAUCCUCCAUCAGCUAAACGGAGCAGGAGACCUCCUGAUGGACCCGAGACCCACAGCUCCUCACAGCUGGCCUUACUUACUGUUACUGACCUCACCCCCCUGCUGUCCUGCAGCAGGGUCACCUGUUCUGUCCUGCUCCACUGUUUGUCCUCUGAAUCAGGACCCACUGUGCAUCAGUGUGGUCGGGUCAGUCUAGACAUGAAGGACGUGCUGCAUGGAGGGCUUGAACCCCGUCUGCUGACGGACUGCAGUGUAGAGUCAGACGAGUCCAGGGAAGACCUCCUUUGCUUGUUGGCAGCGGUUGAGUCGUGGCGGUUCCGGAUUGAAAGCUCAGAGCACACACUGGCGGAUGUGUCUGGAUGGCUGGUGGACAGACUGGGGGCUAAACCGGUUGGGGUCAGUCCCCAGUACCUGUUAAUUGGCUCCACUCAGCCGUCUUCAACCAUGCUCAUCCACUGGCAGCCCCAUGGAUCCUUUCAGGCUCUUCUCCAUGUUCACUGCAGUGGUCAAUUUGCUGUUUUCCGUUUUCUUCACUCCCUCUGUGAUUUCCUGCCGGCCUCUCAUCACAUCAGUCCACUCAGGAGCCCCGCCUCUUGGGAGGGUGGCCAAGGCCCCGCCUCCUUCAUGGAGCGGGAGGUCCGUAUGAUUAAAGAGGGCGUGGCCUCCCUGUUCCGUGAUGAACAGGAAAUGGAGGUGCAGGAGUUUGGAGGCGAGUCCUGGAAGACCCCCGCCUCUCCAGAGCGACUCCUCCGCUGUAGAGAGGAGUGGCAGAGGGAGAGAGAGCGAUGCAGUCAGGCACUGCGCCCCCUAGUGGACACCUCACAGUACCACAGACUGCUGCACAGCCUGAUUCAGACGCAGUUGGACGGGGACAUUGCGGCCCUAGUGGAGGCACAGAGUGGUGAGGGCUGAAUUUGGUGAGCGACGGAGUCGCGUCCUGCGCUUUCCUCUGAGGUGGGUGCUGAUGUCGAUCCUGGCUGAGAGAUUUUCUGCCUUGGGGUUGUUUUAAUGGCAAGACUGCUGGGGAAUUUAGUGUGUGUGUGUGUGUGUUUAUGCGUGUAGCUCUCUGGCAUCUCCCCUGAGCUUCACAGCUCUAAUACUUCGUCGACGUUUUUCAGAGAAAACACUUAAGCUGCCCCCGGGACCCGAGCUGCUGGAGAUGACCCCGUCAGCUCUUGUUGUGCUGCAUGUUGUCCACCACACUCACACGCAGCUCAUAGUUAAAGAAAUAGAAGGAUUUCUCUCUACCUCCACCCCCUACCGUCUAAGUCAUGAUUUGCGAUACUUCAGUUUUACAUUGAAGCUACAAGCCAACUAUACCAUAGAAGCAAGGUUAAAUUGUUAAAUUAUGCCACGCACUUCCUAAACUGUGUUAAAAGGGCCUCGGUAAUCUCUUAAAGACCUACGUGGACAGUGGUUUGGACAAAGUAUGACUGUUGCCUUUGUUUUUAUUAGGUACUUUUUGUCCAAAAAGUCUUUUUGGUUCAAAACUAAAGAAACAAAACAUGUCUUGCCUUAAAUCUUGCCCAAACUAUUUGUUUAAGAGUGGAAAAAUAAUCUGUUUUUCGUCACUGUGGUCAGAAAUGCACAACACAAAUAAAUAAUGUUUACCUGAUCGUUUUUAAGUUGACUUCUUCAUAAAAUGACUGAUGAAUUACUCUGAAA